GUCGAGGAUGCAUCUCUACAACCUCACUCUCCAGCCACCGACGGCGGUCGCUCAGGCCAUCGUUGGGAAUUUCUCGGGCGCAAGGACACAGGAGAUAAUUGUCUCUCAUGGCACUCGACUUGAGCUCCUCCGACCGGACGUGCAGACUGGCAAGCUCUCUACCGUCAUAGCCUCGGACGUGUUUGGGUCCAUUCGAUCUCUCGCAGCCUUUCGUCUGACUGGCAGCACCAAGGACUAUGCCAUAGUAGGCUCUGAUUCGGGUCGCAUUGUAAUCCUCGAUUAUGACCCGAAAACUAGCAGCUUCGUCAAGCUCCACCAGGAGACGUUUGGCAAGUCCGGCGCGCGUCGUAUCGUUCCUGGCCAGUAUCUUGCGACGGAUCCCAAAGGGCGUAGUGUUAUGAUCUCAGCCAUGGAAAAAGCCAAGCUUGUGUACAUUCUCAACCGGGACGCCGCUGCAAACUUGACGAUCUCUUCUCCCCUGGAAGCACACAAAAGUUCUGCUAUCAUCCACCACAUUGUGGGUCUGGAUGUUGGCUUUGAGAAUCCACUGUUUGCAGCUCUUGAGGUGGACUAUGCUGAGGCUGACCAGGAUCCCACUGGCGAAGCAGCUCAAAAUGCUGAAAAGAUGCUCACAUACUACGAACUUGACUUGGGUCUGAAUCACGUUGUGCGAAAAUGGAGCGAGCCCACAGAUCCACGGGCAAACUUGUUGGUCCAGGUUCCAGGUGGCCAAGUUGCAUCCUCUGAACGUUUCGAUGGACCCUCAGGUGUUCUUGUGUGCUGCGAAGACCACAUCAUCUAUAGACAUAUGGACAAGCCUCAACAUCGCGUCCCAAUACCUCGGCGCAGUCACCCGCUGGAGGAUCCAAAACGCGGUGUGAUCAUUGUAGCCGCUGUUAUGCACAAAAUGAAGGGUGCUUUCUUCUUCCUCCUUCAAAGUGAGGAUGGUGACCUGUUCAAAGUCACCAUUGAUCACGAUGAAGAUGAGGUCAAGUCACUUAAAAUCAAGUACUUCGAUACAGUUCCUGUGGCAUCGAGUCUUUGCAUUUUGAAGUCUGGCUUCUUGUUCGUUGCGUCCGAGUUUGGCAACCAUUAUUUGUAUCAAUUUCAAAAGUUGGGCGACGACGAUGACGAACCAGAAUUUAGUUCGACUUCGUUCCCUUCAUUCGGCAUGGCUGAAUCCUUCAUACCUCUUCCCCAUGCACACUUCCGUCCACGGGGGCUGGACAAUCUCGCUCUCGCUGAUGAAAUCGAGUCUCUAGACCCGAUUUUAGAUGCCAAAGUCAUGAACAUUCUUCCGAACUCUGAUACCCCACAGAUCUUUACGGCUUGUGGUCGCGGUUCGCGGAGUACAUUCCGCAUGCUGCGGCAUGGUCUGGAAGUAGAAGAGUCGGUCAGUUCUGAGCUACCUGGUAUUCCCAAUGCUGUGUGGACGACAAAACGAACUGAAGACGACCCGUACGAUUCCUACAUCAUUCUUUCUUUCGUGAACGGUACUCUUGUGCUUUCAAUUGGGGAAACUAUUGAGGAAGUGCAAGACACAGGCUUCUUGUCGUCCGCACCAACCCUAGCAGUUCAACAAAUAGGCUCAGAUGCCUUGCUUCAGGUACACCCACAAGGCAUUCGCCACGUCCUUUCAGAUAGGCGGGUGAACGAGUGGCGGGUGCCUCAGGGCAAAACCAUUGUCUGCGCAACUACCAACAAGCGUCAGGUGGUCGUCGCUCUCAGCUCUGCCGAGCUUGUUUACUUCGAGCUGGAUCUGGAUGGUCAACUCAACGAGUACCAAGAUUGGAAGGCAAUGGGCUCCACGGUGCUGGCUCUCAGCGUCGGGGAAGUUCCGGAAGGCCGACAACGUACACCCUACUUGGCUGUCGGAUGCGAAGACCAAACUGUCCGCAUCAUCUCGCUGGACCCUGAGAGCACAUUGGAGACGAUCAGUCUUCAGGCUCUGACUGCCCCUCCAUCGGCCAUCUGUAUCGCUGACAUGCUGGAUGCUAGUAUCAACAAGAGCCAACCGACCAUGUUCGUGAACAUUGGUUUGCAAAAUGGUGUUCUGCUGCGAACAGUUCUCGAUCCCAUCAAUGGUCAGCUUACUGACACUCGCACUCGUUUCCUAGGCACGCGACCUAUCCGAUUGGUUCGUGUCACCGUGCAGAAAAACCCUGGCAUUCUCGCUCUGUCGUCACGGUCAUGGCUCAACUACACGCACCAAAGUCUCAUGCACUUCACUCCUCUCAUCUUUGAGAACCUCGAUUAUGCAUGGAGCUUCUCGGCGGAGUUGAGCCCCGAGGGUCUCAUUGGCAUUACGGGCAGCGUUCUUCGGAUUUUCCAGAUUCCGAAGCUCGGUAUGAAACUGAAGCAAGACGCUGUCCCACUGUCGUACACGCCUCGCAAGUUCGUCUCCCACCCUGCAAACCAGUAUCUCUACCUCAUUCAAGGAGACCAUCGGGUGAUGAGCGAAUCUGCGGCCGAGAAAAAGCUCCAGGAGAUGCGUACGAAAGGCCAGAAAGUUGAUGAGGAGAUACUCCAACUUCCUGUGGAGGUAUUCGGUCGCCCAAAGGCACCCGCUGGAACUUGGGCAUCGGCUAUUUGUAUCAUUGAUCCUAUCGAGGCUAGGACGAUCCACACCGUUGAACUCGACAACAAUGAGUCUGCCUUCUCAGUCGCUGUAGUACCGUUUGCUGCCCGUGACAAUGAGCUCCAUCUUGUCGUUGGGACCGCAGCAGAUACUCUCCUGACACCGCGGUCGUGUCGAAGUGGUUACCUGCGAACAUACCGGUUUACCGACGAGGGCCGAAGUUUAGAGCUUUUACACAAGACUGAGACUGAUGAUGUUCCCCUUGCUGUAAUGGCGUUUCAAGGACGACUCAUCGCAGGAGUAGGCAAGUCGCUUAGGUUGUACGAGAUAGGCAAGAAAAAGCUGCUGAGGAAGGCCGAGAACAAGUCUUUCGCAAGCGCCAUUGUCACACUCAAUACCCAGGGCUCUCGCAUUAUUGUUGGUGAUAUGCAGGAAUCCGUUCACUUUGCUGCCUACAAAGCACCAGAGAACCGGCUGCUAAUCUUCGCAGACGACAUGCAGCCUCGCUGGGUCACAGCUUUGACUAUGGUGGAUUACACCACUAUCGCUGUUGGCGACCGCUUCGGAAACGUGUUCAUAAAUCGCCUCGACAUGAGAGUCUCCGAUCAAGUCGACGAUGACCCCACUGGCGCAGGCAUUCUUCAUGAGAAGGGUCAGCUGUCGGGUGCACCCCACAAGACCAAGCUACUCUGCCAUUUCCACGUUGGCGACCUGAUCACGUCGAUCCACAAGGUGUCUUUGGUCGCCGGGGGUCGUGAAGUACUCCUUUACACAGGAAUCCACGGAACCAUCGGUAUUCUGGUUCCAUUUGUGUCGAAGGAAGACGUGGACUUCAUCUCAACGCUCGAGCAACACAUGCGGAGCGAGCAGAGUAGUCUUGUCGGCCGGGACCAGCUGAGCUGGCGUGGAUACUACACGCCUGUCAAAGCAGUAGUGGACGGAGACCUGUGCGAGGCGUUCGCACGGCUGACGGGCUCGAAGCAGAGCGCGAUCGCCGGCGAGCUGGAUCGGACGGUCGGGGAGGUACUCAAGAAGCUGGAACAGCUCCGGGUGACGAGCAGUGGAUUCUAAAUAGACUAGUUGAUCAACCUACGAUGCGUAUCUGUUAUUGCAAGAGCUUAUAUAUAAUGACUGUAUUUCUAUUCCCCCCAGAACGAUAUGCAAACUUGGACAAAAUUUGAACGUUCACUAUUACUUAAGGGUUCAAACGCUCGAACGUCCUGGCCAUGGCCAUGCUAGUUCGGGGGCGAUUCAUCGAUCAUCGAGCAUACCAAGUAAUUAUGAUGUUCGGGCCAGGAAUCGCCUCGUGAUGUCAUGCCGACUUCCGAAUCGCGUCCCGCUGUUCGUAUAACCACAAACAGCUGAAGGAUUUUGUUCACAU